AUGAAGCUGCAGGAAGAGCUUAAACAAGCUAUUAGGGAAUCACGUUCUUCUCACACGACUCUUUCAAACGAGCAACAAGAAUCUUCACCAGCCUCACCUGAUACGAAAAAAAUUUAUGAGAUCAUGCCCGAAAAUACGGAUAUCCUUGCAUUCUGGGAAAGUUAUCAAGGGUGUGAGGAACUUCGAGCGAUAGCUCAAAAGUACUUGAUUGUGCCUGCUACAUCUGUUCCUUCAGAGCGAGUGAAUUCGACAACCGGCAAUACAAUUACCGAUAAAAGAUCGCGUCUUUCUCCAAGUGUGGCUGAGCUGCUUGUUUUUUUGAGGCAGAACUACAAGUUUCUGCAACUUUCCAAUAAAUAAACGAAAGAAGUUCCUACAAUUUGAAGGAAAAAGGAGGUGUGCAAUUUUAAAUCUUCGUAAAAUCGACGUAUGGACAUAUAACUAUUGCGUUAAUAAUGAAAAGAGUA